AUGCCCAUCCCUCCUUCCAGUGGAUGGGCCGCGCUCGCGGACGACUGGUCCGAUGACCCAUCCUUUGACUUUGACGACGGCGGCAUGCUCCCCACCUCGAGUCCCGCGUCGAGCAGCAGCCGUUCGUCACGUCAAUCUCGUGAGAGGAAACUUAGCGGCUCGCCCCUGCGUCAGAUGCACCUCAAGGACAUAAUAGAAGACGACUUUGUGCUCGACGACAACGCGUUCGACGACGGGCCACCUACGCUCAAGAGCCGCAUCCCCCUCCCCGUCCACUCCACAUCACCCACCACAUCCACCCUUCUGCGCAAGGGCGACUCGCCUACAUCGACAUUACGCCGUAAAGACUCGUCGCCCCGCACAAACAUGAAGACACUAACACUCAACGCUACCAUCAUGGGCGCAGGGCCAAAGGGUGUUGGUGUCAUCACUCGACUGGGUUCAGGCCCAGGCAACAAGGUGGUGUCGAGCAGCAACGUCAAGGCCAAGGCCGGUGCCAUCGAGAAGGCUUGGGAGGCCGACCUCGACUUUGAUUCGUCGUUCGACGGCCUCACGAGCAGCAUUGGCUCGGGAGGCGGCAGCCUCAAGCUCAAACUCCAGCCCAAGAGCUUAUCGGCCCAGCUCGCAGAUAUGGACGCACUAGACGACUUUCCCGACCUUGACGAUGCGGACCAGGACACGCUCAAGGCUAGCGCGACGCUCAAGGCCAAGCUGCCGCCCCCACGAAGGAGAGAUGAUCAGGCUACGGUCAAACCCAAAGCCAAGUCACAGCCGGUCCAAGCGCCGAAAGCAGAGGACGAUGACCUGGAGGACGAUCUCGUCCUCCCGCUCAACCUCACCAACCUCACUCUUGCGACUGGGAGCCAACCUGUACGCAAAUUGCGCCCACGCACAUCGAUGGCCUCGACGGCUACCACCGCUACCACCGCUACCACCGCUACUACCGCUACCGACUGGGACGCGCCGACUACACCUUCUACCACGGGGCGCAAAAGUAUCGUCGGUGCCUUCUCCUGGGGAGACGAGAGCCCGAGUCGUGGCCGCCACUCUGAAACAUCCAUGACUAGCGUUUCUGACGGUCCCGAGCGCGACUCGUUCAAGAACAAUCACGACAUGGAUGACGAAGACUAUGAGGAUGGUCUCGUGCUUCCUGACGCAUCCUUCUUCGCAUCCCGUAACGCUAAUACGCUCAACCAGAUCCUAGAUCGCAAGCGCAAGCAGCAGUACGCUCCUCCCCCGCCACCGCCACUACCUCAGCGCGCCGACGACUCGUUCGAGGAUGGGAUCGUGUUCGACAACCCGCGCGCCGAGCUCACUCACCGCCGGUUGGAGAAGAACCGGCGGAACCGCACAAUACCCACCCCAUUCCUGCUCGGCGCCGACCGCAAGAAGGCCGAGGCGUCCAAGCUCGGCCACCCCUUCCCCUUCCCGCCGCCCCCUAUGCCGCCCAGUGCGGCGCCUCCUCAGCGAGCACGGAGCCCAGGCGGCAGCCUACGCUCAAACUCGGGCAAGACGCGGCCUGAGAGCCCGUUCUUCCGAUCGGGGACACGAUCGCGGCGUACAUCGGAGAAUUCGAUGCAACCUCCGCCUGUACCGCCACUACCAUCGCGCGUGACCGCGCCGAACCUCAUCGCUCCGAGCACGCCGCAUCGCCUACGAACGCAGAAGAGCCAACACAACCUGGUUCCGUCGCCGUCGCCGACGCUUGCGCGCAAGCAGUCACUCGCGUCCAUGCAGGACGCGAUCGCGAGCGGGCACAGGCCAUCCGAGUUGCCCCAGCACCCGCCGCUACCUAUCAUGCCUGGCGAGAAGCCUGGCAGCAGACUCACGAUGCCGACUUCGAGCAGCCUUGCAAAGAUGCGCCCGCCUGUCAACACGACCUUCAAUCGUAACAAGAUUCGUACGAUGGAGAUGCCGCGACGCACCAAGCAAUGGGGUGAUGGCACUGAACUAGACGGCCUCGAAGACCUCCGCGUUGACGACGACGCCAAGUCGCCGCGCAGCACUGGGUCCAAGUCGCCAUACUCGACAUUGCGAGGUCGGAAAUCCUUUGACCGCGCAAUGGCCAAGCAGCCGCCGACGCCUACGGCCGCGAGCUUCAAGGCCGAGGAGAAGGACAAAGAAAAGAAAAAGCGCCGCCAGCGCAAGCCCGCACUCAACCUCAUCCGUAAUCUCGGCGCGACGGACAAGCCCAGGACUGUCGGCGAGAUGACCUGGAACCCGCGCACAAGCCGGUGGGAGGGUAACGAGGGGGUGCUGCGCGACUUUGACGCCGUGGCGUCCAGCACCAGGCCGGCGCUCAUCUCGCACUUCACCGGGAGCUCGGUCGCGUCGUCGCCUCACUCGAGCGCGCCACAGGCGCGAAUCUUUGGGGACAUGAAGUUUGACCCAGAGCGCAUGUGCUGGGUAUCGCUGCUGCCGCCAGAAGAGGUCGAACCGGACCCGUUCGCUGACAUGGCCGACGACGAGGAGAGCAUAUCUAGCGCUGGAGGUUCGGGGACGAUCCGGGCACUCCCGCACAAGCUGGUCAACAUCGGCAUCAGCUCGAGGUUCGUGAGCGACACGAGCGUCGGCACGGGCCUCACUGCCACGAGCGGCACGACAGGCUACACUGGACUUAGCACUCUCACAAGUGCAAGCUGGGAGGAGCGCGCGCCGCUGCGCACCGAGAUGCCCGAGUUGUGGGCCGAGUGCCGUGAGGCCGAGGACCGGCACCGACGCGAGAUGCGUGGCUGGGUCCUACGCCCCGUACAGACCCAGAGCGACAUGCGCGACAGAGAGAGGCGUGAGGAGAAGCGUUUGUGGGAGGUGCGGAACCUUGCACUACGCAGCUAG